GUUUUACAUCUCUUCCAUUCAACACACUGGAAAGGACAAUCAAAAUCUGCCAUGCCCUUCACCCCGAGAAAGUCUCCACCCAGACCCUGGAGCCUGAAAGUUCUUGGGAUUUUCUUGUCUCAUCAUUCACGUGGCUGUGACAAUAUUCUACACUCCUGUGAUGCCCUGUAGCCCUACCCAGACUCCAGCGUUUUUACUUCCAUUUCUCCCACCCUGGAGCCCCCACAGGAACAUCAGGUGGUGAUGGCCUCCAUGAUCCCCCAGAAAAAGGGUGUGACUUGAGUGUCUUCUUCCUCUGUGCUCCCCAGGGAGCAGCACCAUCAGAGUGCUCCCAGGGUGCCAAAGGGACACACUGGACCAACUGGAGACCCUGGACCCCCUGGAUUCACAGCUGCCGAUGGAUUGAGGUGGGUAUAGAAGAAGUCAAGGAAAAGCCCCUGUCAUGAAGAGUUGGAUGGAGACAGGCACAGAGUGGCCGCAGGUCCAAGCAGAGUGAACAUGCGUCCAAACUGGCAGCGGCAGCCCCUAGAAGGGAGACACCAACAGCACCGAGACCUGUGGUCUCCAGAGCUGACAUCUCCUGCACUUGCCACGUGCAGGCGCUGUGUGGGACCUCCUCUCCAUCCUGUGAGGGUCUCCCUGAACUCAGGGUCCCAAUGGAUUUCCUGACCCCAAAGGGCCCCUGGGCACCCUGGGAAUGACAAGCUGCCGGGACACUCGGGCCAGAGAGGAAAGGUGGUGAGGGAUACCCCUGGCCACCAAUUCUCAGGAGGCCCCUCAAAUGCCAAAGAUGUCUGGGAGGCCCACAGAGACAUUUUCUGAGCAGAACAGAGCCUGCCCUAACGCUGUCCACACCCACGGGCCGAGGCUUGAUGUGACCUUCUUCCUCUUCUGGAGCCCAGGCGUCUACCCUACAGCACCCACUGCACUCCCCCCUUUUCCUCUCAGGGUUUCCAAGGGGAGAGCAGCCCCCGUGGCCCCCCAUAUGUGGUGGGACCUCAGCUAGGUCUGUUCCCAGGAGAGAACGGCUCCCAGACCCUGGAGUUAAGUCUGUCUGUCUCUCUUCUCUCAGUCACACACCCCUGCCUCUGGCUCGCAUGUCUGGAACAGGUAGCUGGGGACUUGAGGGGGCUCAGAAAUCUCUCUUUUUAAUUUGGCAGCACGUAUGGCUGUCGCUCCUCCCCUCUCCUUUUCUUUUAGGGUGACCAUGGGGUUCAAGGGAAGGAUGUUCCUGGUCUGAGGGGCUUCCCAGGAGAGAGAGGCCUCCUAGGCACUGCUGGUUCCCCCCUAGGGAGUGAGGUGCAGCAGGAUCAAGGGACCCAUUGCCCCCCGCCAGGGUGCCCAGGCCCUCAGGAACCCCCUGGAUCAGCAGGAGAGACAGGGUGAAAAGGGCCCCAUUUGUCUGCCUGGCUGUGAUAGGGUGCAGAGUCCUGUGUGACUUCCUGGUCCUGCUGGGCCUCCAGGUGUGGCUGGAGAAGAUGGAGACCAAGAGAAGAACCCCAGAGAACCCGACCAAUCUUCUCUCCACAUGAGAGGGCUGAGGGCCCUCCUGGACUCCCUGGACUCACUGGUCCAUGGAACAGCCUGUAGCAGUGGGAGCAGAUUGGGAGCCCAGAGCUCAGGGACCCCAGGGACACUUUGGAGCCAGAGCGUGGGGAGCCAAAGGCAAUAAAGGUGCAACAGGAUUCAUGAAACUAUAGGGUCCACAAGGUCCCCUGGGAGGUGUUGGGGACCUGGGUCCCCCUGGAGAGAAGGAGACAAAAGAGAAUAAAAUGUGAGAAAUACCAGGAUUUUGUGAGGGGGCAAUGAGGUUUUUGACCCCAAUCUCUUUGCUGCUGGAGCCAGGAGAGUCAGGAUCUCCAGGAAUCCAGGGUGAGCCGGGUGUCAGGGUCUUGGUUUUCCUGGAGACCCUGGCCCCCCAGGAGAAGGUGGCUCAUGACCAGGACAGUGUUAAGGGUGACUAUGGCAAGGAUGGGGUCCCUUGGCUGGAGGCCAACACUCACCCACCCCAAUUCCUCUCAUUCUGUGGAUCCUCUGGUCCCACUGGGGAGAAUGGACUACCUGGACCACAUGGAAAGCAGGGUCAGCUAAGAAUAGUCAUGACUCAAGGGUCAUUUAGGACACAGGAAGAUACCGGAUGAAGAAACUCUCCCCAAGUCCUAAACUCAUUCACAAAUUAGAAUACAUAGGUCCAGCCCAGGCACAGUGGCUGAAGCCUGGAAUCCUCCCCCUUCCUGCUUCGGGAGACCAAGGCAAGAGGAUCUCUCGAAGUCAGGGCACGGAGAAGCUCUUGCUCAUUGCCGCCUCCUACCACUCCGAACAUGCUGCAGUCUCGUUGACCACGCUGCAGUCUUGGUGGCCACCACCAACUGCAGGGAGCCUGGCCGGGUGCCGCAAGUUGCAGCCUCCACCUCCUCCUCUAAGUCGGGCAUGGAGCAGCAGCGGGAGCAGUCGCAGAAGAGGCUGGAAUGGUGGAAUGCACCCUCAGUAUUCAUUAUAUAUAGAGGUUUCGGCAAUGAGGUCCUGGACUUUGUGUUCUGAUUGGAUGGGGGAAACCUCUAGGCUUUAUCUUCAUGCCCUGAUUGGUUAUCCUAAGAGUUGCUCUCAUCCAGUCUUCUUUAUAAGUGGUCAUCUUUGUAAGUUCAUGCCCAUUGGGAGUUACUGAAGUUGUGAAUGAUUACAUUUAAACUUAUCCUG